UGCUGCAAGGUUCGCAGGUGGCAUCUGCUGUGCUACCCGGGUUCCUCUUUGGUCUCAGCCGGAGCAAUCGACCAGGCAAUCACUUUCCCAGUAACAAGAUGGCAAGAUUGUCGGCCUGUUACCAGCGAUCGAGUGUCCGCAAGGGGCAGGCGGAAUUCGCUUCCCAGCCUUUCUCAGUCGCACAUUGAGCAGGUUUCCGGUUUGUGUUUAUGCCUUUUGCCACAGGCUGUCACUCGACCAACUGGCUUUCUGUUGUACCUGGCCAUCCGAAAGCAAUAUCGUAUGCAUAUCCAAGUCGAUGAUCUUCAAUCUUCUUCCCCAUGCCGGACCUCGACAGUUGCAGGCGCUUCGCAUCUCGCAUGCCUGCCACCCUCCCGCUUCCCGGCAAUGCCCAGGCUCUACAAUUACGGAAAUCUAUUGUUUACGUUACUUUACUUAUCGUACCUUAUCCACUACGUUGUGAUGCUCAAGACCUGGGCCCAUCCGACGAGGCAAUAUUGCACACAGCCUCGACCCCCGGCAUGCAGCUCGAUGGUCCAGUCUUCCGCAAGAGAAGCAAAGACCAACCACUCAGGGCCUCCACCCAAGCAAAAGUUCCUUGUAUUUGCAGGCGUCUCCUCGGUCUUGGCCCUUGCCAAUGCCACCCGUCCCUUCCCAACUCAAGGACGACGACAACGGCCGGCCGAUGCCGCCCCACCGCCGCCCGACCUCACCACAUGUGGGGACGAAGCCCGGCCAAGUGCGCGUAACUUGAUCUGGUCCAUCACUCUUACCCUAGGUACUCUUCGAGUGAGAUUUCCGUAG